GGACUGAUCCAAUGGCUCCCAAAUAUUAGUUUGACCACAACUAACUUCCAUUGUAAGUUACUACACUCAAAUACAGUAUACUGAGCUUGUAGUUGGAAAUAUACCCAAUUAGAUAAGUUCGCUUGUAUUCCGGUCAAGGAGACUCCCCGCACAAGGGUCCAGAUCAGCUUUCCAAAUCUGAGUAAUUCAACCUACUUACCCAUUACAAUUUUGGGAUAUUUUAGGCAUUGAGUUUGAUGGUGAUCAGGGCGACAAUCAUAACGAAUGUUUAGUACGGAGGGCAUGAAAAUGGUUAGGGCAUAGGAAGGGGGUUUUGGGGUCUAGAGGAGUGCUUCUGCUGUUAAGAGUUGGGCGAGAGAAAGGGAAGAAUGAUAGGUGCCGGGAUAUGAUAACAACACCAAUAUGAACAUCAAUAGUAACAGUGAAAAGAGCAUCAUUACAUUUUGCUCUUCUUCGUCGACGUUAUCAUCAUCUGCUGGCUCUCUGUUCGUUCUCACAAGUAUUUCUUGCCUCCCCAGUAACAUUCAUACUUAUUGAGAAAUGGAUCUCUUACAAUAGUGGUGGUCUCAAAUGUAUUCUCUUCUCAAUUCAGGAUAAGAAUACAAAACCCACUUGUGAUUGCUAGGAUUCGAAUCUGCAAUAGGGAAAGAGAUAGAGGAACAUGGUGGCAACAAGCUUGACAUGAAGUGAGACCAUCACCAUGAAAAAGGUGAAAAACGAACAUGCAUCUGAGCUAAAAGUUUCUCACAAAGAUGGGAAGAAAGCAUAUAUUGCUGACGGUUCAGUAGGGACAUCCAAGAAAAUCAGUAAGCAUAAUAUUUUUUUGGAGUCUGCACAUGAUGGACCCUCAAAAAUAAAUACCAGCAAUGUAGUUCCUCCAGGGGAAGGGAUGUCAACUACAGUGGAUGAUAUCCUUCCAAAGGAGAUGAAGGAGCUGAAGAUUGGUGAUGACAAGAGCAAUAGUCUUGAUGAGAAGGAAAUGGAUGCCCCUGUAGUUGAUGAAAAUUUUACUGACGUUGGACAAAUUAUUGUGACAACCAUAUGUGGGAAUAGUGGACAGCCUAAGCAGACUGUGAGUUACAAGGCUGAACGGGUUGUAGGCACUGGUUCCUUUGGGAUUGUCUUUCAGGCUAAGUGCUUAGAGACUGGUGAGACAGUAGCCAUCAAAAAGGUCCUGCAGGACAGACGAUAUAGAAAUCGUGAAUUGCAAACGAUGCGCCAUCUGGAUCAUCCCAAUGUUGUAACUCUAAAGAACUGUUUUUAUUCUACUUCUGAAAAUGAUGAAGUCUACCUGAACCUGGUACUUGAGUAUGUACCAGAAACAGUUUAUCGCAUUGCAAAGCACUAUGCCAGAAUGACACAGAGGAUUCCUCUGAUUUAUGUAAAAUUAUAUGCUUAUCAGAUAUGCAGGUCAUUGGCUUAUAUUCAUGGUGCAAUUGGUGCAUGUCAUAGGGAUAUAAAGCCACAAAAUCUUUUGGUCAAUCCUCAGACACACCAGCUCAAACUAUGUGACUUUGGAAGUGCAAAAGUUCUGGUCAAGGGUGAACCAAAUAUAUCCUAUAUUUGCUCACGGUAUUAUAGAGCUCCUGAACUCAUUUUUGGAGCCACCGAGUAUACAACUGCUAUUGAUAUAUGGUCAACAGGAUGUGUUAUGGCUGAGCUGCUUCUUGGUCAGCCAUUAUUCCCUGGUGAGAGUGGAGUAGAUCAACUAGUGGAGAUAAUUAAGAUUCUUGGCACUCCCACUCGAGAGGAGAUCAAAUGCAUGAAUCCUAAUUAUACAGAGUUCAAGUUUCCACAGAUAAAGGCCCACCCUUGGCACAAGGUUUUCAACAAGCGAGUUCCUGCGGAGGCUGUUGAUCUUAUCGCAAGACUUCUUCAAUACUCACCACACCUCCGUUGCAAUGCGCUUGAAGCAUGUACACAUCCCUUUUUUGAUGAGCUUCGAGAUCCCAACACCCAUUUGCCCAAUGGCCGUCCGUUGCCCCCAUUGUUCAACUUCAAACCACCUGAAUUGAAAGGGGCUUCUCCGGACAUACUUCAAAGAUUAAUUCCUGAGUUUGCAAGAAAGCAGUGUCCUUUUCUUGACCUUUAAUUGCUCAUUCUUUAUGGUACACUUUGACUCUCCUUGUAAGGGAAGGUGACGAUUUCCGAUUAUUAUAUGGUUGUAUAUGGGAAGUAAGGAACGUGGAUGUUGGUUGCGAUCGAAGGCCUGUUAUUUAUCCUUGUCCUGGGCUUAGUCACUGCAGACAAAAGAUUGUAUUGGAUGUAUUGGAUGAGCAUUGGUCACUGCAGACAAAAGAUGGCCCAUGUUGUUGCAAUAAUGUCAAAGUAAGCUAUCAAACAAAAUUCCGUUUAAUUAUAUAACCUAUCCUUGGAACUUGAUGAUCUCUUGUAAACUGUUAAAUUGUAUCCGAAGGAAAAAAAGAAGCAGCAGCAAUGGAUUAAAUGAUAUCGAUGCCAGCUUUGAGCUUCAUGAUUGCUUGCAACUUAUGGCUUCUAAACUUUACACAUUCUUAAUGAUGUUUAUUCAUCAGUUCUUUGUACUCUAAUUUUUGUCUCUCAUAUGAGGGAAGGACAUGUUUUUCAGCGAAUAUUUCACAGACUGAAUGGAUGAGUCUUUAACUUUAAAAGAUUUAUUAGGCAUACAACUUGCUGCUA